AUGCUUGGAGAAGCCUUCCUAAUUGAUCUCCUAUACAAAGAACAGAAAUAUACAAAACUUUGCAAACCAUUCACAUGUAAGAAGACCUCAAAUGAUGAAAAGGAAACUUGGAAAAAGAAGCUUUUAGAUAUAGAAGAAAAUUCACUUUUCCCCGCUAAGAUGGAAAAUCAAGAAAAAGAUAUGAAAGAAAAUUUAACAGAACAAAGUAAUAAUACAAAUCAAAUAAAAUCUGUGGAUGAGAUAACUGUAGCAAAAUGCAAAGGUAUACCUCUUCCAGGAAAUGUGUCCAUUGCAUUGCCCAUUCCAAAGAGAGAACAACAAGAUGAAAGACAACUGGAUUUAUAUCGAUCCUGGUCAUGCACAAGUAUUUGCCAUAAUUAUCCUGACCUACAGAUCGGAGGCGACCACGUGGGAAACAUGUAUGAUUCCGGCUGCUUUGUGGAACACACACACGAUGAUGUAUCUAAUGGUCCUCUUUUACUUUCAGUGGAUAUGUUAUUGAGUCAUUCUCCUACCAUUGAGCCUCUAGAGAAACUACCUGCCUCAAAGUUAUUGAGUGCAGAUGAAAUCCAAGAAAAAAGUAUGUUGUUUCAAAAACAGCCCCUCUCUAAUUCCAUGCUUAAUAGUUACAUGGAAAAAAAGGUGGAUGAACUCUACAAACAACUUUUGGAAGAAAAUCUCACCAAGUGUCUCUCCAUAACCAAUCUUAUGGCUUCCAAUUUGCUAAUGAACAAUGUAAAUCAGAUUAGCCUUCAAAUCUCUCAAGAGCAGAACAUAGAGGUGUCGAAAGCUCGAGAAGCUCUCCUGAAUUCUUUAGCACGAUGUAAUAUCCAUAAUGUUUCCCAUGGAAACAGUUCUGAAUUCAGCACUCCUAACUUACAAAUAUCAAACCAGACAAAUAGGGAACUUGUAUCACGUGUACAGUAG